AUAACGGUAACUGCCACCGGAGGAGGGGGAUGCUAGAAGAGACCCGGCACCGGACACCUCUCGCGCGCACACCAUCCAGAAUUUAAAUAUUCCGUCCGCACUCUCACUACUACAGUAUUCAAGGCGCGACUCGAACUAUAACAGAAAACAGGUGGAAAGGAGAUAGACAAGCAAAACCUUUUCACAACUCAGAGAUUGUGUUUACUGAUUCCGCUAUUCUGCCGCGUAAAAGGAACGUAGGUAGAUAGACCUAAUUGGAAGGAUAACGACAGCAGGUGUAGUGAGAAAGGGUGGGCAGCAAGAUAACCGUAGCCUUUGGACACACGCACCCAAAGGAUUCUUCGUUUUUUCGCCAACAGAAACGUAUUUAUUUAGGAAUCAAAAUAAUCUACAAAAUCUUAUUUUUUUUCAAGAUGGCAAACUCGGGAAUUCAACUUUUAGGAUUCGCCCUGUCACUCGUCGGUGUUAUUGCACUGAUCGUGGGGACCAUUCUGCCACAGUGGAAGAUGUCUGCGUACAUAGGAGACAACAUCAUAACGGCGGUUGCCAUGUACCAAGGAUUAUGGAUGUCAUGCGCUUUUCAGAGCACAGGGCAGCUCCAAUGUAAAAUAUACGACUCGAUCCUGCAGCUCGACAGUGCUCUCCAGGCCACCCGUGCCCUGAUGAUCGUUGGCAUCAUCGUAUCCAUCGCUGGGCUGGGCGUGGCCACCAUGGGCAUGAAGUGUACUACCUGCGGAGGGAACAACAAAGUGCGCAAGUCUCGGACCGCCAUGACUGGAGGCAUCAUCCUACUGAUUGGAGCUCUGUGUGCAGUAGUGGCCUGUUCGUGGUUCGCUCACAAUGUCAUCCGGGCUUUCUAUAACCCAUAUACUCCUGUCAACACCAAGUUUGAGUUUGGAGCAGCCAUCUUCAUUGCUUGGGGAGGUUCUUUCCUGGAUGUGCUGGGGGGAGCCAUGCUGGCAUCUUCCUGCCCCAGGAGUAAAAAGCCGGUGCCCAAAUACCCCGCCAUGAGUGGCGUGAGCGCCCGCUCCCCCCCCAGCAGCACCAAGGAGUAUGUGUGAGUGCCCUCUACUGCCGAUAACUGGAAUUACAGAAGAUUGAAUAUGAAAGAGUUUGUACAUGGAGUCGAACCUGACUAGUCUGUUGUACUUAUGGGGUGACAUUUUUGUGGCGCAAAAGAGCACAGAUAUGUAUAAGAAAUACCGUAAACUUCAUUAUAUUCUGGCACCGUGAUUUCAUCUGAAACUUUUCUUCAACAAUGUGUAUUAAGGAUGCUGUUAUUUAACUAGAGUUUAGUAAACUGAGCAAUGCAUAAAGAGUAACACAUGAGUUUCAAAUUAAACCAGCUGCCAGAUUAUAAUGAGAUUUACUGUAAAAUAAAUUUGCACAGAUCUGUGCUCUUUUGGACAGCGUAAAUGUUGCCCAUGAAGUUUGCAUUUGGGGGGCAUAUCGGGAUAGUAUGACAGGAUGACAAAAAAAUAAAGAAUUACUGGAUGUGAAUAUAGUUUUACAGAGGAGACCGCGCGACCCCCACCCCAACAAGACUCUAUCAUGCAGUAGUUUGUUUUUGAGUGAUGUCUCUCACCCCCUCCCAACAUUCCACAAUUGUUUAUGAGUUUAUGAGUGGACCUCACAAAUACACUGUAAUUGGUUAUUGGAAGCGCCUUAUAUUAACAGACCAUGUCUUAGGGUGUAUGUUCUCGUAUUACACACACACACACACUUCUCGUUUUCACACACACACACACACACACACACACACACACACACACACACACACACACACACACACACACACACACACA